AUGCCGACAAGCCUUACUGAUCCGUCCUUCAAGGAUUUGGAUGAUACGUCGAGGCUGUAUCUCAAACACUUCGUCGACCGAGUCUGCAGGGAUCUAGCAGCACAUGACGGUCCUGGCUGCAAUCCUUUCCGCGAGCUCAUACCCCUUGCCUUGAAGCAUUCUUUUCUUCUUCACAUCAUCACCGCUACUUCGGCUUUGCACAUGUCCAACGCCUUCCAUCUCAAGGUCACUGCUGCGUCUCUACUCGGUACCACGACCGUCUCAGUCCCCUCGGACCCCAUCGCGCACCUGCAGUACCUGCGAUCAGCUGACGCCGCCUCCCGGAAGGCCCUUCUCGAUUCGUUAGUUGCUAAGCAAAAGGCUAUUAGCCACCUGAGGGCCGUGUUGGAAACUCCCGAGUCUGCCGAUAGCGGCGUGUUAUUGGCAGCUGUGUUGUUUUUUGUCAACUUCGAGCUGAUUGAUUUGGGACCAAGCCAGUGGAAGGCCCACCUACCCGGCGCCUGUAGAAUAUUACAACUCUUGACGCCUGAAAGCGACUUAGCAAAGGUGCAGUCCAAGACCACGCUCCAAGACUGCAUUGUUUCGGACUUUGUCAUAUACCAUAUUCUCGGCUCAACUCUCACUUGGGAAGGUCUGGGUGCUAGCAUCGCCGGCCAUGCUACUGACCUGUUGCCCGUCAUGGAGCGUGUGGAGGGCGACUCGUACCUCUGCUGCCCGCCUGCCAUCCUGCAUAUCAUUCUCUCCGCCUCGCAGCUUGCUAGUGGAGCACUUCGCUCCCGCAUACCCGAUGAUGUGACCGAUGAGGGCCUCCGCUUAAUUGAGCGUGCCCUAAGAUUUGAUAUACACGCUUGGGCGGUGGAGAUCCAGUCACAAGUCCGGGUCCCCGACCUCUCCUCACGUGAGUUUGUUGCGUCUGCUCACCGUUCCGCAGUAUGCUUGUACAUUCUGCGCGCCAUCCCCUCGACUCGAGCCCGCGCUGGCGUAACUGUAGAUCAUCUGGUAGCCGAGAUCUUUCGGCACUUGGACCGUGUAGGCGCCGAGAAUGAGCACUUCAAAGCAACUUCGUGGCCUACAGUAAUUGCGGGAGCCGAAGCGCGAGACCGGGAGAGUCGGGAGUGGGUGCUCAACAGACUUCUCAAGAUGUGGGCAUGCUGUCCCUGGGGAUAUGUCUUCGCCGCAAUCGACAUGUUGAGACAGACAUGGAGGAUGAGAGAUGAAGAAAAGGGCAUCGAUGAUGGUGUCGGUUGGCUACAGGAGUUGUGGGCCAGAAAGAUGGGGCUUUUGAUUGUAUGA